AAUAACAACAAUAUGAAACGUUGUAAGUGCCACACGUGCUGUUUAGAACAGCUUGUCUGUAGUUUUCUCGGCUGUUACGCCAAGCAUGCAAAGGAAGAUUGUUCCAUGUUGGAUACCGUACUACGCUUACAUCUGACAUACGUUGCGUGGGUUGUAAUGGAGUAGUUUUGAUGACUUCCGUUUAAUAACUUACUGUAAAAGUUUUAUUUUCUUUGGGUAGUACGCCACAGUACCUGCUGUUGGAAAUUGUGCUCCAACUAAUUCGUCUGCGAAUCAAGUGCCAUUCCCGCAGGGCCUUAGCAAAGGCUGUCUUUUGGUGGAUAUUGUCAAGAUUUGGGGAAAGCUAAGAGAUACACCAGGGCACUCACUGCUUAUGUUUUAUUAUCUUCUGGUGUGUCUUGACGAACUGCACAGCAAAUAUGACAGAACCUGUGAUUAAGUUACGUCUUGGUGUAACCAAGUCAGAUAUUCGACAGAAGGUUUGGGACUAUAUUGAGGAGCAUAACUUGGCAAAUUUUCCCAGACCAGUUCAUCACCGAAUACCUAAUUUUAAGGGUGCGUAUCAAGCGUGCGAGUAUAUUAAAGGUCUUGAAGUAUUCAGCAAAGCGAGAGAGGUUAAGGUAGACCCGGACAAGCCGCUGGAGGGAAGCAGGCUGAUAAUGCUGCAGGCUAGAAAAACCCUAUUGGUUCCAACUCCGCGCCUCAGAGCAGGUCUUUUUAAUAAGAUUAUCCCCCCACCAGGAGCCACCAAAGAACAGCUGAGAAUUUGCGCUACUUCUCAGGGAGUUAAAGAGUACAGUGUGCCAGUUGGCCUGGAUGCAAGUGUUCAGGUGGAUUUGAUAGUGGUUGGAUCAGUGGCUGUGUCUGAAAAAGGUUGGCGCAUUGGUAAAGGAGAAGGCUUUGCGGAUAUGGAAUAUGCCAUGAUGGUAUCGAUGGGAGCAGUCUCUGAAAACACUGUUGUUGUAACCAUCGUACAUGACUGCCAGGUGGUUGACAUACCAGAACAGCUGAUUGACGAUCAUGAUUUAACAGUUGAUUAUAUCCUAACACCCACCAGAAUUAUCAAAACAGAUUGCAAACUACCUAAGCCUUGUGGAAUAAUUUGGUCCAAGGUAGACACUGAGUUGUUGCAGCGAAUUCCAAUUCUUAAUAAUCUACUCUACAGGGAAAAAAAAGCUGGAAGAGCUGUAACAAUAAAAAAUGAACAAGCUGCAUCGACUAAUGUUGUGAGGAACAUAUCAGUGUGUGUACAGGAACAUAACCUGGAAAAUCCCAGUGGAAGCAAGAGGACAGUUACUGUGAUGGAGAGUCAGGAUUCGAGGGGCAUUACUACAGUUUAUGUUGGAAAUUUACCUGCUGGUCUGCGGGUGAGUGAGUUAAAGACUUUGUUAAGGGCGCAUAAUGCAGUACCGUUACGACUGACAUGGCAAGGCGCACAACGUAGAGCAUUUCUUGAUUAUAAGAAUGAUGAAACAGCAGAGAAUACUGUGGCGGCCUUACAAAAUCUAAAAAUUAGUGGAAACACUUUACGAGUUGAACUAGCAAAAAGUCAGAGAGCCAGUAGUCAUGGAGGAGCAACAUAAAAUGAAUUGCAAGAAGUCAAGAUCUUCAGUGGAUCCGUAUAGUAAAAUAAAAAUUAUAAUUAGAAAUUUGCUAGAAAGACUAAGUCCAUUCCUCUGUGAAGAUGUGAGCUAGGAAUUGCUGACACUUUAUUCUUAAAUAAAUUUUUGUU